UUGGUCGUCAUUUGGGAAUGUGAUGAUAUCACGUGGUUGCUUGAAAUGAAAUGGAACGAGCGCAUGACUUUGCUGAAUUUGGAUGAUGCGCUGAAAUGCAUGUUUGUUUGCUGUUUGUGUUUUGGCCGAAUGAUGUUGAAGCGGCCGGGCUUAGUUGAGAAAAUAUUUGCAAUUGUUUGUUGUGAAAUCAUCUGAAUAUAUCCGUUGGCAAACGUCAAAUAUCGGUGAUUUUGGAUGUAUCUUUGUUUUGCUGCAUGCAAAGGCCACAUUUGCCAACUUUCCUCUUUGCUCCUUUUAGUUGCAGCCUCCUCCCUUCCUUCCAUCACUCCCUCCCUCCCUGCUCUGCACCUUGGAAGCUUUGCAUGGAAUAAAGAGUUCCACUUCCUGCAAGUCACAACUCCAUCCCAGUAGUGAGGGAAGAGGUAUAGUGGUUGAAGGGGAGGGUGUGCAUACAUGCAUGUACCUAUUGCUAUUACCGUUCUCUCUUAAAGUGGAGCUGCCUCUUAUACCACAUAACGAGCGGACCGGGGGAAGCCAGCAUAGGAACGUUCCAAGACCGGGGAAGGAGAUACCAAGCCGGGCGUGAAACGUCGCGGACUUCCAUGCGAGCAGCGGACGGUCGACGCUCUGCCGGCCGACCAUCGACGGCUUUACCCCGGCUUGAGUGCUGCUGCUGACUCGGGAGGAGGAGACCCUCUGCAGGCUGUGAGGCUCCGGGGGAUUUCAUGUACUGGAAAAAUGAAGUAUUGUCCCCUCUGUCAGAGGGCAACACCGUUCCCACCACGAAGCAGGUGAUCUCCACUGAGCGUCAGAGUGCAGCAGGCUGCAGCGUGGACUCCAAGCAAAUGUCUCAGUCGGACGCGGAGUCUCAGCGGUCCAACGUCAUGGAGCGGGAGGACGCGCGGUCGUCCCCGAGCACGCCCUCCACGCCCUCGGUGUGCUCACCCACCUCCACCGCCAGCUCGGUGCCCUCCACCGGCAAGAACGUGUGCGCCAGCUGCGGCCUGGAGAUCUUGGAUCGAUACCUGCUCAAGGUGAACAACCUGAUCUGGCACGUGCGCUGCCUGGAGUGCUCGGUGUGCAGGACGUCGUUACGUCAGCACAGCAGCUGCUACAUCAAAAACAAGGAGAUCUUCUGCAAAGUGGAUUAUUUCAGGUUUGGUACUAAGUGCGCCCGCUGCGGGCGUCAGAUCUACGCCAGCGACUGGGUGCGGCGCGCCCGGGGCAACGCCUACCACCUGGCAUGCUUCGCCUGCUUCUCCUGCAAGCGGCAGCUCUCCACGGGGGAGGAGUUUGGCCUGGUGGAGGAGAAGGUGCUCUGCAGGAUCCACUACGACACCAUGCUGGAGAACCUCAAGCGGGCAGCGGAGAGCGGUAACGGUAUCACGUUAGAGGGAGCCGUUCCCACGGAACAAGACAAUCAGCCCAAACCGGCCAAGAGGGCGCGAACGUCCUUCACUGCAGAGCAGCUGCAGAUCAUGCAGGCUCAGUUCGCCCAAGACAACAAUCCCGACGCUCAAACGCUACAGAAACUCGCUGACAUGACGGGUCUCAGCAGGCGAGUCAUCCAGGUGUGGUUCCAGAACUGCAGAGCGCGACACAAAAAGCACACGCCACAGCACGGCGGGGCCCCCCAGGGUCACCCCCAGGCCAGGAUACCCUCCUCUCUGCCAGACGAGCUCCACUACUCCCCCUUUGGCAGCCCCGACCGCGCCCGCAUGGUCGCCCUGCACGGAUACAUCGACAGCCACCCCUUUUCGGUCCUGACGUCUCAGAGUCUCCCCCAUCAGGCCAUGUCGCUGCCCCAGCUGCCCCUCAGUCGCUAGCGCCGCACGGCAACGCCCACAGCGACCUUCAAGCCCCGCCCCCUCAAAAAAACAAAAACAAAAAAAAACCUCUACAAAGACUCACCCUUCACUGAGCCCAGGUCAAGAAGGACACUAGCCCCGCCUCCAGACAAGGACAUCCUCAAACACAAGAAUAUUCCACCUGGGCAGGAAACGGCUGCGGGACCAAUCAGGAGCCGUCUAAUUGCUGGAAAUGUCACUCGUGUGUGUGUGUGUGUGUGUUCAUAGGGCGACAAUGAAGGAGAAGCACAAAGUCUGACAUGAAGUCAAGUAAAAAAUGCUCUCAGAUUGUGUUUUUUUCAUGUGUGAGGAGCAAAAAAAAACAGUAUUGGUACAAAACUGACAACAUGGAACACAACAUGUCAGGUUUUCUUUGUGUGUGUGUGUGUGUGUGUGUGUGUGUGUGUGUGCGCGCGCCUCAUGUACUUACUGGCCAUCGUGUAAAGAAGCGACUCCAACAUGACCUCAAUGUCCUUGUAAUAAUUUAUUGACAUGGUAAAUCCCUGUAAAGCACUUUUGUUUCUUCUUUUCCGAGAUGCUUUUGUUAUGAAAAUUUGAAAAAAAGUCAAAAAAAAAAAAGUCAAAUAAACGUAACUGGCAAUGAAAUGAAAACACUAAAAGUUUAUUUGUGCAUCAUCCAUGUUUUGUGUCAUAAAUGCAAUAAA